AUGGCUCGGUGUGUCACUGUGGUGUCGUCGGCCUUAUUGGCGUUGUCGUUGCUGGAGGCUGUACGGGGGCAUUACACGCCGACAUGGGCUGUACACGUGCCUGCGGGGCAAGAAGCGGCGGAUGCGGUCGCCAGGGACCACGGAUUCAUCAACCUUGGAGAGAUAUUUGACAAUCAUUAUCACUUCCACCACAAUUCUAUAUCUAAGAGGUCGUUAACCCCUGCGCACGAGCACCACGGCAAGUUAGAAGGGGACAUGCGAGUACGGUGGGCCAAACAGCAGAAGGCUCUUUCCAGAAAAAAGAGGGAUUAUAUACCUAUACAAUCUCAACAAGACUGCUCUUCCACAGCUGAAACAAAAUCAUCAGACGCGCCAUCACCGUCAACAGCAUCCAAAAGAGAAGCAGGGUCCAAGAGAGAGUUACAGCCAGGCCGUGUGAAGGGUAGGCCGCGAGCGGCUGAUUCGCAAUUUCAAUUGAACGACCCCAAAUGGCCUCACAUGUGGUAUCUUAAUCGUGGAGGUGGUUUAGACAUGAACGUGAUACCUGCGUGGCGGGAAGGCAUCACCGGCCGGGGCGUCGUUGUCACCAUAUUGGAUGAUGGCCUAGAGACGGAUCAUCCAGAUUUAAUAGCAAAUUAUGAUCCCAUGGCGUCGUACGAUGUAAACUCACAUGACUCCGAUCCUCAGCCACGUUACGACUUGGUAGACUCCAAUAGGCACGGCACCAGGUGCGCAGGAGAGGUCGCAGCCACCGCUAACAAUUCCCUGUGUGCAGUUGGAGUCGCCUUUGGAGCUAGAGUUGGAGGUGUUCGUAUGUUGGAUGGUGACGUCACAGACGCGGUCGAAGCCAGGUCUUUGAGUCUCAACCCUCAGCAUGUGGAUAUUUAUAGCGCGUCUUGGGGACCUGACGAUGAUGGAAAGACUGUCGAUGGACCAGGAGAGUUGGCUACAAGAGCCUUUAUUGAAGGAGUCACUAAGGGACGGAACGGCAAAGGUUCGAUAUUCGUUUGGGCUUCAGGCAACGGUGGCAGGGAACAUGACAAUUGCAACUGCGAUGGCUAUACCAACUCUAUAUGGACCCUGUCAAUAUCUUCAGCGACGGAACGUGGCGAGGUGCCGUGGUACUCGGAGAUGUGCAGCUCAACUCUUGCAGCUACCUACAGCAGUGGGGCUAUUAAUGAGAAACAGGUGGUGACGACUGAUCUCCAUCAUUUUUGUACUGCGGGGCAUACGGGCACGUCGGCUUCUGCACCUCUAGCUGCUGGCAUCUGUGCGCUCGCACUACAGGCUAACAGAGAUCUAACGUGGAGAGAUAUGCAGCAUAUUGUGGUACGGACUGCAAAGCCAGAGAGGUUGAGUCUUGGUGGUGAGUGGCGAGUAAACGGCGUUGGUCGUAACGUUUCGCACUCGUUCGGAUACGGACUCUUGGACGCCGCCGGAAUGGUCCGCUUGGCCAGGUCUUGGAGAACUGUUCCACCUCAGAGGAGAUGUGAACUAGCCGCGCCCAGGUCGCAGCGGCUUAUACCUACCAGAUCUUCUGUCACGCUCCAGCUGGAUGUAGGAUCGUGUCCAGGUGUUAAUUAUUUAGAGCACGUGCAAGCUCGUGUCACACUAUCAGCGGCGCGGCGAGGCGAUAUACGCAUCACUUUGAUGUCACCAGCCGGGACAAAAGUCACUCUACUAGCUCCAAGAGCGCACGACUCCUCAAGAGCGGGAUUCAACUCAUGGCCUUUUAUGUCAGUGCAUAUGUGGGGGGAGUCCCCGUUAGGAGUCUGGCAACUGGAAGUAUCAAACGAAGGCAGAUAUAGUGGUCGAGCGACAUUACAAGAUUGGUUUUUAACCUUAUACGGAACUAGUACGCCGGCAACUAAAAAUGAUCCUGUGCCGUUCCGAAAUCCGAUUACUGUACGGAACAAGAGCAAUGUGACGCGGCCCGUAGUGGUCCAAACGGGGCGGAAAAAUAGCCGGGGCAAAGCUGUCUCCAUCGUCCCCACCUACACCGUUGGCUUAGUGAAGAGGAAAAAGAAUAAAAAUUCAAAGAAUCCAAAUAGGAAUUCGCAGAAAUCUAAACAGAGUCGCCCCGCCACCCGGUCCCCUAUAGAAAGCACAACGAAGACUACGACCACGUCAGCGCCGGAUUUGAGUCUCAACUUGCGGGGGGACAUUUCGGAUCCGUUACCGGAUCCCAGAGGCCGUAAGAUGUCCAGCCUCUUCGAGCAAUAUCCGAAAAUCCAACGGAUAUACCCCGCGCCGCUGCAGGCCAACGCCGGACCGUUAUCUCAAUGGGAGCUGAUAUUCUACGGUACUGAAACACCACCGCAAGAGUUCGACGCGUCACCUGAAACUAACGCGUUGGUACCUAACCAGAUAUCCGCGGUCACAUCAUGGAAUAUUCCCAACGAGCCCCAGUCUGUUGAAGAAGUCAAGCAGAACGCCAUCGAUGACGACCUGGCAUUAGUAUGGCAUGAUUCUCACACGAUUCGGGAAGAGAGCAUACCAUCAUUGGACGCGAGCGAUCCAGGCGUCGCUGGUCAGCAAUAUGCAGGCAACGGCGCUUGCACAUCCCACGCACAGAAAGCUCCCCACCGCUGCCUAGAAUGCGCGAAGGGUUUACACUUGUUCGACGGUCGAUGCUACGAACGUUGUCCAGAAGGCACGUACCCCAGCGAAGUUCUGACUGAGAGGAAAUCGAGGAAGCGUAACCUUACUUACACAGAAAUCGGUGGGACCGCUAUUCAAAAAAUGCAGGAUUUCGUCGAGCCUAAGCCCACUGCGUUUGAAGCUCUAGACUUAGAGCCAGCGGAGCAGCAAUCUACACCAUUAGUUUGUCUUCAAUGUCAUUACACAUGUGCCACUUGCACGGGUCCUCUCAACAGCCAAUGUUCCUCUUGUUUAAACGACGCUCGGCUAGUGAACCAAUCGGAUGUCGAAUUGAAACUUUACUGCUAUCCAAUAACAGUAUUACCACAGAUAGAAAACGUAUAUUGGCAAUAUAAAGUGAACAUAGCUCUCUCUGUAAUUUUGUUUGUCAUUUCGUUUAUUUGUCUUUACUAUUUUUUAGCUUGUAUUUUUAAAAGGUGCUCAAAUUUUUGCUGCGGAGGCAACUACAAUUCCAAUAUCGAUAUAGUUUACAACAAAUUAGCUGUUGAUGAAAAACUUCAGAGUGCUGUUGAAAUUGAAGACGAAAUAAAGAAGGCAUUGAAUGACACAAGCGAAAGUGAGACUGAAGAUGACCUUAACCUAUAGCAUUUGACUACAUUCCGCCCGGAAUACUACGAACUAAUUGAUCAAGUAAACGUUAGUGAAUAGCGUAAAAUAGAUUUGCAAUGAAUAUUAUUUUAAACUUCUUUUAUUCAUACUAUUAUACUAGGUUAUUAGUAAAACACCAGUAACCUAGCAGGUCUAGAUAGCUACAUAAACGGCAACAUCUGAUCUACGAGUUUUAAUAUAAUUAUCGAGUUUGACAAAAACAGGUUUUAUAAAGUUUACAUUGUGAUGUAGUGAGAUUUACACGUGACAUUGUAAAAUAUAUUACAUAAUACGUUUUAGGUACACUAAAUUAGACGUGAAUUAGCAUACAAAUUGGGGCUUAAUCCUAUAUAAUCUCACUGUUUUGUAGCCACUAACGGGGGCAUAUAAAACUUUGAAAAUCAAGAGUUCUAUCUCCUUGUACAAGAAAUUCUGUAUAAUUAUAGAGUACAAUAAGUAGAUAUCAUAGGCAUUAUAAAAUAAUUUUUAACGUUCUGAUCGGACAAGCGCACUUAUGUUUUAUAUACUCCCAAUGGAAGUAAAAUAUAGGGAUUAUGUGGGAUUAAGCCAAAGCACUAUAUAUAUUUUUUUAAUGUUAAUUUGAACGAUGUCUCGAUAUCUGAACUUUAAGCCUCAUAUCUCUCUAAGUAACAUUACGAGUAUAUUUGUAAAAACAGGGGAAUAACAUGUUGAUAAAAGUUAUUCGUUUGCGUAAUCCAGCUAUUAAUAUUCGGGUGGAGCCCGCAAAAUAUUCGGUAUUAGGGUAUUCCGCGUGUGGUGGAAUGUUCUAGAUAUUUGUUGCAAGUCUAGUAUUAAGAUUUAGGUGACCUUUAUACAGGUCCUAUUGUGAUAUUGUAAACCAACGGUCACAAUUUUUAUAUAUUGACUUUUAGACGUUUCAAUUUAUAGUUGUGAAUGGGAGAAUUGGAAUGUGUACAAAAAUAUAAUGUUUAGAUUUAUAAAUUAAUUUAGGUACUCGAUGCGGUCCAAAGAACUAAACUGAAAUCUUUUAAAAAUCCUGUUUUAUACUUUUUUCAUUCCUCGACAUGUCGUAGGUUGUAAGUGAGAAUUCCAGAACUACUUUUUUCUUACCUUUUCUUAAUUUUAUAGUAAAGUUUAGUGUAAGUAUGUUAGUGAACCC